AUGCAUUGCAUCGACAGGAGGGUUCACCAGCGUUCACCAAGGAAUAACCGCUUUGUCGCCUUUGAGCCUCGUCUUAUCAACCAUUCGUGGGACACGGAGUAUAGCAAGCCGAAGGAUCUCACCAUCGAUCAGCUGUACCUUGCGCAAGCCCUUGCCAAUGGUUCAAACUAUCAACACCCGAAUGAAGACCUCAUUGAGCGGAUGCGCGUAAGAAAUGAUGUCUCUGACACCCAGGCAGCAAACAGCCCCGCGCCCCAAAUGCCUCCUUUACCUUCAACGCCGAUACGUUCGCACACCGAUGAUCUCGCCGGCAGUCUGCCUCUACCAGCCGCGGACCCAUCCAAGACGGCUCCUGUCAUCCCACAAUCACACCCAUGCACGAAACUCUCGUCAGAGGAUAAGGAAUGGGAACAAAAAGCAAGUAAAGGCAUCGCUCACAAGGCACUGAGCUUGGACAAAGUCUGGGAUAAAAAGACAUGGAAGCAGAAAGCCAACAACAUCGAACGAUUGAAAUUGCUAAAGGACGAUGGGUACGACAUCAGAUCUCUACGGGCCCCGAAGACGUCCGCAGAUGCAAUAAUCGAGGCUCUUUUGGCUCACGUCAAGGUACGGAAAGGGAACAGUGUGGGUCUCGUAGCUUCUUCAUUACUCCGUUCAACUCUCAGCGGGGAAUCCUCACAAUCAACGAAAGAAGAUAGCUCUGGCCACUUUGAUGCCCCCACUAUAGCGAACGAUGUCAUGAAGUCGAAUAGGGAGCCGAAGACCAAUGCAGGCCAUGUUUCAUUGGGUUUAACACUCCAAGGCGUCCCAGGGUUUGCGCACGAUGAACCAGAAUCGUACUCGUAUAUCCCGCCUGCCAUUGCGGGCCUGAAACGCAAGCAUACUCACGAGGAUGAAAACCAGCCUGAUUGGCACCAAGACAACCCACAAAAGAAACUUCACAAAGCCUACAACACAGCAAACUCCAACACUUUCGUCGAUACGCCGUGCACUUGCAGGAACGCUAAGAUGGCGCGAGUGAUGACAAGGGAAAAAAUUGCCAACGCCUUCGCACAACAGGCUCCCUUCAUAUACAGUCGACGAAUAUGUCGUGAUAUCUUCCAAUACGCUAGGGGAGUAAGAAAGAUAUUCCAGGACCCAAAAUCGGAAGAAUCCUCCCACACUUGUAUGACCUCGUGGAAACCUUCACAGAUCAUUUUCCACUCGCCGUCAUCGGCCGCUCGUCAAUCCUGCGAGCUGUAUGUGUACAUCAGCGCGAAGGGUAUUAAGCUGAUCAUGUGGGAACUUUCUCACAUCGCCUAUGAUCUCUAUGAAGAUGGUAGCUGGUGCAUCACAGAUCCCGAUGAGACUGAGGAUCGGGAGGGCGAUAUAUUGAUGGAAACAUACAACCCAGUAAAACAAGACUUUCGGUACGAGAUGCGCAUUUUCGACACGCCAACAUUCCCAAUGAUUAUUGAAGGAGAGACCAUGGCGCUAGUCGGUCUGCUAAGACGCCUUCGGAAGAGCGGUAUCAGCUACUAUCAUAAAGAAAAGUAUGAUCCGCAACGGAUGGAGGUGGUCGCGCAUGGCAAUGGGACCAGGCAAUUAAGUGAUGCCACCGAGUCCGCUUUAGAGGAGGCGGAAAAGAUAUUAGAGACCGGACAGGCUCUUGGUGGCGUAGAGGUCCAAAUUGGGUUCCUGGACAGCUUAGACUAUCUAGAUAAUUUGUUCUAG